AUGUGCACGCUGAGUUAUGGGAAGGUGAAACUGGUGUUGAAGCAUAACCGAUAUUUUGUGGAAUCCCGUCAUUCGGACGUUAUCCAGAAGUUGCUGAAAGAUAAAGUCAUACAGUCAUGCAUAUUAGAGGACGAGAAACCAUUAGAAGAGACUCAGACUCAAAUCGAAAAGAUCAAUUUCCCUCAGGAGCAGAAGAAAGAAGAAGAGAAGAAACCUGAAAGUGGCGAUGAUGUCCCAGAGGAUAUCGGAGAGCUUUAUGGUAAGAUGGAUGGAGAUGAUGAAGAAGAUGCGGAGAUUCGAAGCCUGCAAUUGCUUACCUUCGAAAUUAAACAGGAAACAAUUGAGACGGUGCAAAAACGUUGCAUUGAGCUGGAAUAUCCACUACUAGCCGAGUAUGAUUUCCGAAAUGACACCAUGAACCCGAAUCUUGGCAUUGAUCUGAAGCCGUCGACUACUCUGCGUCCUUACCAGGAAAAGAGUUUGCGUAAAAUGUUUGGAAAUAGCCGUGCGAGGUCCGGAGUAAUUGUGUUACCUUGUGGAGCUGGUAAAACCCUUGUGGGUGUCACUGCUGUCACUACAGUGAACAAACGCUGUCUGGUUCUGGCAAACUCCAAUGUCUCUGUGGAGCAGUGGCGAGCACAGUUCAAGUUGUGGUCGACAAUCGGCGACAAGCAGAUUGUAAGAUUUACGCGUGAGGCGAAAGAUACCGUACCACAUGGUGCUGAUGCGAGCAAGGUACUGCAUAGCCCGGGAUUUAAGCCUGUUGUAUGCUUGUUCCAGUGCUGUUAUAAUACUCAAAUUCAGCCUGUGGUUUGUAUUAGUACUUACUCGAUGGUGGCCUAUGCCGGUAAACGAACAUUUGCUGCUGAAGAGGCGAUGAAAUUCAUUGAGAGCCAGGAGUGGGGACUUUUGUUACUGGAUGAAGUGCACACAAUACCUGCGAAGAUGUUCCGUCGAGUAUUAACUAUUGUUCAAGCACAUUGUAAACUCGGACUAACUGCCACACUUGUCAGAGAGGACGACAAAAUCACCGAUCUCAAUUUUCUUAUAGGACCAAAAAUUUACGAAGCAAAUUGGAUGGAACUGCAAAAAGCUGGACAUAUUGCUAAAGUUCAGUGCGCUGAAGUGUGGUGUCCGAUGACGUCAGAGUUCUACGCUUACUACUUGAGAGCCCAAAUUGCGCGGCGUUUGCUGUUGGCCGUGAUGAACCCGAAUAAGUUCAGAAUCUGCCAGUUCCUCAUAAAAUUCCACGAGCGUCGCAAUGAUAAGAUAAUCGUAUUCUCGGACAACGUGUUCGCGUUGAAGAAAUAUGCCAUAGAGAUGAACAAGCCGUUCCUUUACGGAGAGACCAGUCAGAAUGAACGAAUGAAAAUUUUACAGAACUUUCAAUACAAUCCACGAGUGAACACAAUUUUUGUAUCUAAGGUGGCUGACACGUCUUUCGAUUUACCAGAGGCUAACGUUCUGAUUCAAGUCUCGGCACACGGUGGUUCUCGAAGACAGGAAGCACAACGAUUGGGUCGCAUUCUUCGUGCCAAAAAGCAUUCCACAGAUCAGUUCAAUGCGUUUUUCUAUUCACUUGUUUCUCAGGAUACCGUCGAAAUGGGUUACUCUCGGAAGAGACAAAGGUUCUUGGUGAAUCAAGGUUAUGCGUACAAGGUUGUCAAUAGAUUACCCGGUAUGGAAAAAGAGGAUCUCAAACUCGGAACGAAGGAGGCUCAAUUACAACUUCUGCAACAAGUGCUUGCCGCCUCUGACGCAGAUGCUGAGGAAGAAGAUGUGAAAGAAGAGAUGGCUGAUGGAACCAUAAAAGUCAGUCGAAGAGACUCCACGAUGG